CGAAAUUAUAACGAGAGACAAACAAGGAAUUAGUGUCAUCUGGUGAGAGAAACAAUCAUUUUUUCCCAGUCUCCCCCCUACCCUCUCUCGAUUCUCCCAUCACUACAUUUUCUCCGACGCUUUUAGAUUCUUCCACGGCGCCGCCGCCGCCGCAACAACCGACGCAUCCUCCGCCGCACCGGAGGUUCCCCCGACGCCGUCCUUCCUGCGGAAUUCCGAAGCAAUUCAAUCCUUAUAGUCGAUGCACUGUGCUGUUUAGCUUUCCACCCCACACGGAAGCACUACCCAUACCUAAAACCUAAUCUAGAGAUCCCGCUGGUUCCGCCACCGUGCAUCCGACCUUAGAAUGCUUCGCGGUUAAUUUCGAUCUGUGCAUUGAUUCAUCGAUCGGAUUCGUCGGCGUCGCGAUUCUCGUUGGAAUCGAGGGAAAUGGCGGGGCAGAAUCCGAAUAUGGAUCAAUUUGAGGCGUAUUUCCAGAGAGCUGAUGUGGAUCGGGAUGGGCGGAUUAGUGGGAAUGAGGCCGUUAAUUUUCUCCAAGCUUCAAAUUUACCCAGACAAGUCCUCGCUCAGAUAUGGACAUUCGCUGAUCAAAAUCGACUCGGUUUCCUGGGUCGUCAAGAAUUUUACAAUGCUCUUAAACUUGUUACAGUUGCUCAAAGCAAGCGAGAUUUGACUCCAGAACUUGUAAAGGCUGCCUUAUAUGGUCCUGCUUCAUCCAAAAUUCCCCCUCCUCAGAUAAAUCUUGGGAUACUGGCUCCUCAGUCAAAUGCAAAGGCAAAUCCGUCUCCUGCACAAUCGGCUGGUCCUCCAUCCCCCCUGCCAGGUAUUGGUGUAAGUAGCCAGCAGGCACUUCUAACGCAGCCAAACCAAGUGACAACGCCUCCUGGUUCUGGAUUUCAAUCUCAACCAAUUGUUGCAACCCACGGUAUGCCUGGGACUGGUUUAAUAACCACAUCUACUCCCCCUAAUUCCUUUGAUUCUCUUGGUGGGAGUGUGGAUGGCUCCCGAGCUGGAAUUUCUUCUCAAGUGUCCAACAGAAGCUUGAUUCCUUCUGCAACUCAGGGUGACUUUGGCCAAACGGCAUCACCUGUGGCUCAACUGAAAGCACCAGACAUCAGUGGGUCGCUACAAUCUGCUUCCUCCACCCAGGUCAAAAAGGACGACCCAAAAUCACUUCCAACAACUGGAAAUGGUUUUCCGUCAGACUCGGUGUUUGGAGAUGUAUUCUCUGCAUCAUCUUCUCAACCACAACAGAAUUCCUCUGGACCUGCAUAUCCAACAGGUAGCGGACCUGUCUCGUCAGUGGGGAAUUCAGUGUUAUCUAGAGACCAGCCUUCAGUUCAGCCAAGUGGUGUUUCUCAACCUCCGCAAUUUCAGUCUGGGAAAGCAAGCCAGCAUGUUUCAGCACAUAAACCUCCUCUGUUUCCUGCUGCAGCUGGACAUCAUCCUCCUGCAGCUGGACAUCAUCCUACUGCAGCUGGACCACGUCUUCCUGCAGCUGGACAAUCUAAGCCUCCUUGGCCAAGAAUUACCGGGUCUGAUGUUCAGAAAUAUGGCAAGGUGUUUGUGCAAGUUGACACUGACAGAGAUGGGAAAAUUACUGGUGAACAAGCACGCAAUUUAUUCUUGAGUUGGAAGUUACCUCGAGAGGUCUUGAAGCAGGUCUGGGAUUUGUCUGAUGAAGACAAUGACAGUAUGCUUUCUUUGAAAGAAUUCUGUGUUGCUCUCUAUUUGAUGGAGCGAUACAGGGAAGGGCGCCAUCUUCCUACAGUGCUUCCUCACUCCUUUAUAUUAGACGAGACAUUGUUUGCCGCUCCUGGUCAACCUACUGCUGUACAUGGUGUUACAUCUUGGAGACCACCUUCCGGUUUUCAACAACCCCAAGGGACUAACAAUGCAAGAGCUAUUCCUUCUGCUGGUCCCGGUAGGCCACCACGUCCAGUCCCUGUUCCCCACCCUGAUGAGCCCAUUCAACAAAAGGCUAAAGUACCAGAGCUGGAGAAGCAUCUUUUAGACCAGCUUAGCACAGAGGAGCAAAAUGCAUUGAACAAAAAGUUUGAGGAGGCAAAGGAUGCUGAGAAAAAGGUGGCAGAGCUGGAAAAGGAUAUUCUGGAAGCUAAACAGAAAGUUCACUUCUACCAUGCUAAGAUGCAAGAACUUGUCCUGUACAAAAGUCGAUGCGAUAAUAGGUUGAAUGAGAUAUCUGAAAAAGUUGUAGGCGACAAAAGAGAGGCUGAAUUAUUAGCGAAGAAAUACGAAGAGAAGUACAUGCAGGUUGGAGAUGUAGCUUCAAAAUUAACAAUUGAAGAGGCCACAUUUCGUGAUAUUCAGGAGAAAAAAAUGGAACUGUAUAGGGCAAUUGUUAAACUGGACCAAGAGAAUGCGGAUGGUGCUCAGGAUCGAGCUAAUCAAGUCCAAUCAGAUCUUGAGGAACUAGUGAAAGCCUUGAAUGAACGGUGCAAAACUUAUGGAUUACGUGCAAAACCAACUUCACUCCUUGAGCUUCCAUUUGGUUGGCAACCUGGCAUUGAAGGAACUGCAGCUGACUGGGAUGAAGAUUGGGAUAAGUUUGAAGAUGAAGGAUUCACUUAUGUCAAAGAGCUUACUCUUGAAGUGCAAAACGUGAUUGCUCCUCCCAAACCAAAAUCUGCCUUUAGAGAGAAGGUUUCUUCGUUUCAUAACAGCACGACUGGAAAAUCACCUUCUAAGGCUGAUGACAACUCAGAGUUGCCAAGUUCUGUGGAGAGAGGAACUGAGGAUGACAGGCCAGAGACCAACAACUCAGAGCAUACAGCAAGAACUCCACCCGACAGUCCGGCAGGAAGUAAUGCAGUUGCCAGCCCGUCCAAGGAAUUCCGAGAUUUACGAAUGAAUAGGGACUUUAACAUGAAUGGCUCACCACAUGCAUUUGACACCCAAAGUGAAUUCAGGGCUGAAUCAAUAUUUUCUGGGGACAAACGUUUUGAUGAUCCAAGUUGGGGUACAUUCGAUUCACAUUAUGAUGCAGAUGCAGCAUGGGAUUCCGUUUCUGUUGCUUCAAAGGAAGCUGGUUCUUUGUUUGGCCCUGAUGAGUGGGGUCUAAACCCAAUCAGAACCGGGGCCAGAGGCACAGACGCAUCUCUUCCGAAGCAGGGCCCAUUUUUCGAUUCAGUUCCGAGCACACCAUCCAACACAGCUCUUCCAAAGCAGGGCCCCUUUUUCGAUUCAGUCCCCAGCACCCCAUCCAACACAUCUUUCCAAAAGCAGGGACCAUUUUUUGAUUCAGUUCCAAGCACGCCGCUUUACAAUUUAAGCUCUCCUCAUGCGGACAAUCUGUUCGCAAGGAAUAGUCCGUUUGCAUUUGCAGACUCUGUGCCAACCACGCCAAUGUAUAACUUCAGUUCAUCUCCGAAAAAAUUCAGUGAUGGUUCGGAAGAGCAGCAUUCAUUUGACAGCUUCUCAAGAUUCGAUUCCUUCAACAUGCAAGACAGUGGCCCUUUCAAUUCACGAGAAUCCUUCACCAGAUUUGAUUCUAUGCGAAGCACUAGAGAUUCUGCUGACUUCGAUCAGGAAUACUUUGCUCAACCAGAGACCCUCACAAGGUUCGACUCUUUCCGCAGCACUGCUGACUCUGACUAUAACUUCGGGGCACCACGCGGGUCGUUCACGAGAUUUGAUUCCAUGAGUAGCACGCGGGACGCUGAUUAUGGCCAUCAUGGUUUUGACGACACAGCCGAUCCAUUCGGGUCAGGUGAGCCAUUUAGGUCUACGCAUGAAGCUCAAACGCCAUCGAGGGACUCUGAUAGUUGGAAAGCUUUCUAGUUUUCGAAAAUUUAUCAUUAUAUUUUUUGUGUGCAAUCUUGUUUGCUAUGGAGCUAUGUUGUGUGGGAGUUCAAGUCGUAGGAGAGGCAACUUGGUUCUUCCAUUUGACAGAGAAUUGAGCCGAUCAGUUUUUUUUUUUUUUUUUUUUGUGUAAUUACUUUCUUUUAACUUGCUCUUGAAUAUUAGUGUUUUUAUUUUUCUAUUUUUGGUGUUUAUAAUAGCAUAUUCAUUUUUAAUGUCAGGAUUGUAAAAUUUGUAACACUGUAUGAGAAGUCUUUCUAUAGCAUUAGCAGUGUUUGACAUUUUUAAAUUC